AUGUCAUCGAUUAUAUCUUCGGUUGUGUUUGUUAAAAGUGUUAGUGGAGAAAAAGUUCAUACAGGCAUAGCAUAUAGUAGAAUAGAUCAUGAUGAAUUUAUCAAAAUUAAUUUUAAAGCGUUCAGAUACAAUAAUGAAAUCAUGAUCCAAGAAAUAAAAGAAAAUUCGAUCAUGUUAAUGAUUGGACGUUUUUUAAAUUUUGAAUCCGAAUUAUUUGUAACUGUAAUUCAAGCAACAACCUUGGACCUAAAAACCUUAGAAGAGGAACCCGAUAUGCAUGAUUUACCGAUAGCACCAUUAUUUGGUUCUUUCACUUCUCCAUGUAAAAUGGCGGCAAAGCAAAAAGAUGAACAAGGUCAAAGUUACUUUAUAUUGGAAAGAAAUGUCUAUAAUUCUUUCACCACAGCAAUGAAUAAACUCAUGAUUCCUUGCACAUAUGCAACGUCGAAUGGUAGAGAACUAUUCAUUGGAACGAGUCUUAUACAAAUUAUAUGUUCCGAGAUCGAAUGGUCUUUUCCCAAUGCUGUGGUACAAAAAUCUGAAAAAAGCAAAACCCAAAAAGGGAAAAUUUGUUAA